AUGGAUGAUCGUCAGCGGGCUCCCUAUCAAACACCGCCACCGAGCCCUUAUAGGUCUCUCCCCCAUAGAAGUCCUGAUAUUUCUCCGCCUAAGGGGGCUUCGUCUAAGCCUUCGCAGUUAGAUCCUCGUGUUCAGAGGACUUCAUCUACUCCUGGUCCAAGAGCUUCAUUUGCCAAGAAGGGGGAUCAAACGAAGGGUCCUCAGGGUUCUAGAUACGUUGUUAAUCGCCCUACUGCUUAUCAACGGGCUACGCCCACAAAUACGGAGACCCCUUCGCCCCAUCGUACUGAGCCGCUGAACGCCCAACCUCUUCGUUCUGUUGCUCCACCUACGAUGCCCCUACAGAAGCCCGUAGCUCCACCUCCUGCCGUUCCUAUGAGAGGAAAAUCUACUAAGGGUGCCAUAUCGAAGGCUGAUUUAUCAAAGAUUCUUCCUACUAAAAGGAAAGCCUAG